GUGAGUGAAUUCCGUGUGUGGGAACCAUUGGGAGGAGCCACCAGGAUUCAGGAGUUUCCUGGGUGAGGCGUGGCCACAACUGACACUCCUGCUUUGUACUAGAAGGAAGGAGUAUGGAGUUAAAGACUGUGGCGUGAACUGAGGAACCCUGGACAGGCCACUUGCUGCAGGGGACCCAGUCCAGAUCCCAGGAAAGCCCCGCUGCCCCUUCGGACCCCGUCUCCCAUCUACAAAACGUGGAGAUUGGCCCAGUUGACGUGUCUCUACAAAAAGGUGCAUAUACCACUGCCCCACCGCAGGCUGAUCUGGGGAAGCCUCUGGCCCAGGGCAGAUACCGCCAUGGCCUUCCUGAUGCACCUGCUGGUCUGCGUCUUCGGAAUGGGCUCCUGGGUGACCAUCAAUGGGCUCUGGGUAGAGCUGCCCUUGCUGGUGAUGGAGCUGCCUGAGAGCUGGUACCUGCCCUCCUACCUCACGGUGGUCAUCCAGCUGGCCAACAUCGGGCCCCUCCUGGUCACCCUGCUCCAUCGCUUCCGGCCCAGCUGCCUUUCUGAAGUGCCCAUCAUCUUCACCCUGCUGGGCGUGGGAACCGUCACCUGCAUCAUCUUUGCCUUCCUCUGGAAUAAGACCUCCUGGGUGCUGGACGGCCAACACAGCAUUGCCUUCUUGGUCCUCACCUUCUUCCUGGCCCUGGUAGACUGCACCUCUUCGGUGACCUUCCUGCCCUUCAUGAGCCGGCUGCCCACCUACUACCUCACCACCUUCUUUGUGGGUGAAGGACUCAGCGGCCUCUUGCCUGCCCUGGUGGCUCUUGCCCAGGGCUCGGGUCUCACUACCUGCGUCAAUGUCACUGAGCUAUCAGACAGCAUACCAAGCCCAGUACCCACGCGGGAAACUGACAUCACACAGGGAGUUCCCAGAGCUUUGGUGUCCGCCCUCCCCGAAAUGGAAGCGCCCCUGUCCCACCUGGAGAGCCGCUACCUCCCCGCCCACUUCUCACCCCUGGUCUUCUUCCUCCUGCUAUCCAUCAUGAUGGCCUGCUGCCUCGUGGCGUUCUUUGUCCUCCAGCGUCAACCCAAGUGCUGGGAGGCUUCCGUGGAAGACCUCCUCAAUGACCAGGUCACCCUCCACUCCAUCCGGCCGCGAGAAGAGAAUGACUUGGGCCCUGCAGGCACAGUGGACAGCAGCCAGGGCCAGGGGCAUCUAGAGGAGAAAGCAGCUCCCUGCUGCCCGGCCCACCUGGCCUUCAUCUAUACCCUGGUGGCCUUCGUCAAUGCGCUCACCAACGGCGUGCUGCCCUCUGUGCAGACCUACUCCUGCCUGUCCUACGGGCCAGUUGCCUACCACCUGGCCGCCACCCUCAGCAUUGUGGCCAACCCUCUUGCCUCGUUGCUCUCCAUGUUCCUGCCUAACAGGUCUCUGCUGUUCCUGGGGGUCCUCUCCGUGCUUGGGACCUUCUUUGGGGGCUACAACAUGGCCAUGGCGGUGAUGAGCCCCUGCCCCCUCUUGCAGGGCCACUGGGGUGGGGAAGUCCUCAUCGUGGCCUCGUGGGUGCUUUUCAGCGGCUGCCUCAGCUACGUCAAAGUGAUGCUAGGCGUGAUCCUGCGCGACCUCAGCCGCAGCGCCCUCUUGUGGUGCGGAGCGGCGGUGCAGCUGGGCUCGCUGCUCGGAGCGCUGCUCAUGUUCCCUCUGGUCAACGUGCUGCGGCUCUUCUCGUCCGCUGACUUCUGUAAUCUGCACUGUCCCGCCUAGGCAUGCCACCGACCCCGCCCCCAUCGCUAACGGACGGAACUGGGAUCCAGAGAGGCAAGGUCACAGAGCAAGUGGCAGGAACAGAGAUGCAGAGCCUGAGUAAUUGAAUCAUGAACACAAGUGCCCACUACGGACUGUGGGGAAGAUGCGACCUGGAAAUGCAAGGUGCAGCUCUAUCCCCAACUCUGUGUCACAGUACCUGUGACUACAAGUUCGGAUCUCCUUUGCUUUGACUCUCAAGAGAGGACUGAUUUGCAGCAUCUAGCUGGAGGCAGGCCCAAGGGUGUUAGAAGGGAAACAGCUGGGAGGGUGAGCUGUCCCUUCAGGCUGUGUGACCUUGGAAAAGUCACUUGGCUUCUCUGUGCCUGUUUCUUCAUGCAUGCAAUGGGGAUUACAGUAAGUACCAACUACCUCACGGGCAUGGCACAGAGACAAAAGGAAGAAGACAAAAGGAGGGCAUAAAGCAAGCCCUCCUGGGCCACCUGCUGACCUGAGAGUCCAUCAUAGUAACAAGAGUGGCAGUCAGCACAACCUAGAAGUAGCCAGAAGGGUUGAGACAGGCCCCUGCCCUCUCUCCUUUGCCCCUCAGUCUCACAGAGGGGCUUCUACAAGACAAGCAGCUAGCGAUAGAAUCUUGGGUAUCUUGGCUUUCGGAUUCCCAGUGUGGAGAGACAGAGUACCCCAUACACCCCUUCCUGUCAUCCUUCCUGGCCCAUAAAGCCCACUUGUUGGAGAGCAAGUACCUUCCUGGAAGCAGGAGGGGUGAUUUGCUGGUGGGGCUGGGGAGGGCCCAUCCCUGAGCCUCUGAAAGUGAAAUCCCCAACCAGGCUGGGGACCAGACACGCAGACCCCCUGGAAGUAUUCUCUCAAAUGGAGGUGGCAAAGGUGAUUGUUAUUUUGUUUUAGCUUUAGUUUUUCAUUUUUUUAAAUAAAGACAUUCCCUGCUUUUA